AUGUCUAUCAUUUCUUUGGCUCUUGUUUCUUUCCUCUCUCAUCUUCUCAUUCUCACCGCCCAGCCUUUCGUAUAUUACAAGUGCUUCAAUCAAAGUGGUAACUUCACAAACACAAGUUCCUACCACACCAAGCUCAAUAUCCUUCUCUCUAAUUUCACUUCCGACACAAAAAUUGACUUUGGCUUCUACACUUACUCUUAUGGCGAAGACCCUGACACAGUUAAAGCAUUUGGACUCUGCAGAGGAGAUGUGAAGCCAGAUACUUGCCGUAGUUGCAUCAACAAUGCCACUAUCCUUCUCCUAAAGCUGUGUCCCAAUCAAAAGGAAGCAUUUGGAUACUAUGACUUGUGCAUUUUUCGAUCCUCAAAUCCUUCAAUUUCUGGGAUAUACCAAUAUCCUGACUUUUACUACGCUUUCAAUAGCAACCCAGAAACGGUAAAUAAAGAUCCAGACAAGUAA